AUGCGGCUGAGCUACCAGCAGGUCGCCCCCCACCAGGUGAACGUGACCUGCGCCGCCCACGGGGUCUACCCCCGCCCCGUCGUGGCGCUCUACGCCCGCCUGCCUGGCGCCAACAGGUUAGACCAUAACGACGUGGCGCUCUACGCCCGCCUGCCUGGCGCCAACAGGGUCCGCAUCCCCAACUCCGUGAUGCACGUGGAGCAUCACUUUCCUCCCCCCAAUCCCCACGUGGGUCCAGGCGAGGACUCGGUCGUGUGGGAAGCUUGGGGACAAGGCAUCAAUAAGAAGAAGAACCAAAGAAUAAUUAAGCCCGAGGCUUUGAGAGACGAAACUGGCCGCGUACUUUCAGCCAAAAUGAGUUUCAAAAUAAAGGGUUUUAGAGAUGAAAGUAAACUGAAAAUAGUUUCUCCUGAAGAUAACGGAAGACCCGAGGUGAAACCAUUUGAAAAAGGAAGGCUUCGGUCUAUGACAGAUGAUAAAAGGUUGGAGACGGAAGUAUUUUCAUACGACAAAAAUGGCGACAAAUUUCGAAACGAUGAUGAUGUAAAUAACCAAGGUUUCGAUCUUGAUGACAUGAACAUGAAGACCGAACAGCCUGACCGCCACGACCAAAAUGAGGAAAGUAACAUAAAAAUUGAUAAAAUUGACAACAAUAACAACAAAAUAGCGAGGAGAAGACAUUUAAGGAGAAGCUCGGAAACCUUUUCUCGUAAUCAUGUCGCAGAAUCGAGUGAAUUUGUUGCUUCAAAAGAACGACAUUCAAGAAAGGACUCUCAAGUCCCACGUGUAUCCAGGAUCCAUCACUUGAGGUCUUCUCCGAGGAAAUUGAAGAAAAUUCAUGGGACUUUAGCAGAACGCAAGCCCCGAAGUCUCAGCUAUAGAGAACACGUCCAACGAGCCAAGAGAACAGCGCUCAGAAACUCCAAAGUCGGUCGAUCGCGGAACAAUCCGGCAGCGGAAAAAAAUAAAAAUUCUGAGCUUUUCGGGGUAGGGGAGUUUUCCAGUCCAAGGGGAGCGCUUGACGCGAAAAACGCGUUUCCAAACGGCGCCAAAACGAACGAAAAUACUCAAUGGAACUAUACGGAAACUGGAGAAUAUGUAGCGUGGCAGGCUCUGAAAGUUGGACAAUUUUCAAGUUUUGAUAUUCAUGAAAAGAGAAGAUAUUCACCCUCAGGAAUUAUGCAGCAUUCAGAAUGGAACCCCGAGAAAAUGCGAAAAUUGUUAUCAUUGGAUGCGCUGGAAAUGAUGGAUCACAGUCGAUUUAAUUACACUGUAACUAUUUUUCCUGCUUUAAUAAACAUCACCGAAAUUGAUGAACAGAAAUCUCGGGGCAACCCAGGGAGAAUUUUCCCUUUGAGAUUAUCGCGGUUUUCCCGACAAACGUCAAGCAAUCUUUGGGAUUCGUCGAAAUUGGAAGUUUCGUCGGAACGGCAAAAUUCUUUAGGUUCGCCAAAAUCUCUGCUGUCGUUUGACCAAAGACCGCAACAAAGAUCCAUGACCAAGACUGAUGUUAGCGAGACGUCGCGAGACUGGGUCUUAGACUUCCGUUUCGACGAUGUUGACGCCGACGAAGGCACAGAUGGUACAUCAGCGGGCUGGUACAGCGGGUACGUGAGCGCCGUGUUGUCGGACGUGGCUCUGGUACAUGAGGAACUUCUGCUGGAGUGCGACGUGACCAUGCGGGACAGAGUGCUGGACACACGCAGUCUGCUAUACGUGCCGGGCACAGAUGGUACAUCAGCGGGCUGGUACAGCGGGUACGUGAGCGCCGUGUUGUCGGACGUGGCUCUGGNCUGA